AUGUCUGACGGGGAGGAAGACGCGGUCUUGACGGAAGCGGAGGAAGAGGAAGGAGAAGGCCGCGAGGAAGAGGAACAGAUACAGGUCCGGCCAUUGACCCCAGAAACCAUCAUUCAGGGCCUGUCGUUACUGUGCCGUACAGGAAAUGGACUAUCACAUGCUUUUGUAAAACUGGAUCUGAGAGAGAAGGGGCUGACAGACAUAGAUGCAAUCGGCAACUAUAUUCACCUGCGUUUCCUGGAUGUGUCCAACAACCAUCUAACUGACCUCUCUCCCUUGGCUUCAUUGAACCAGUUGCUUUGGCUGAAGAUUGAUAAGAAUGCCGUGGCAUCUUUCAAAGGACAACCUCUGGAUCAGCUGACCUACCUGCAGUGGCUGAGUUUGACAAUGAACAAACUUCAGGAUCUUGAAGGCCUGGCUGGGCCGGCCCUUGAGAACCUCAUUCUUACCGGUAACAGUAUCCAGAGAGUGAGCAAUCUAGAAAAUGGCCAAUUGACCAACUUGGUGACUCUGGAACUGCGAGGAAACAGCUUGGAGACCACUGACGGCAUCUACCUUCCCAACCUGCGUCGACUCUAUCUGGCCCAGAAUGGGAUUAAACGUCUGGAGGGACUAGAGAAGCUUGAGCGCCUCAAUACUCUUCACCUUCGAGACAACCAGCUGGAGACUCUGGAUGGCAUCGGCCCCAACAUGAAGUCUCUACAGUACCUCAAUGUCAGGGGCAAUGUCAUUUUUAGUCAGAGGGCCCUGCGAAGCCUUAGACAUGUGUCAGGUACUCUGCGAACUCUGGUCCUCUCAGAGAACCCUCUGGAAGACAGCGGGGACUACCGUCUGUAUGUGCUCACCUGUCUCCCACAGCUAGAGCGACUGGACAAGGAACCCGUCUCUUCUGAGGAGAGGACCGAAGCAAAGGACAGAAUGAAGGAACUCAAGGAAGAGGAAGAUACCUGACCAAGAGGACCUCAAAACAUCUAAAUUGCACAAGAGAGAGAGAGAGAUGGAGGAGAAAAUACACAAAAUACACA